AAUGCUUCACGGUGCUCCUGCCCUGGGUGUUUGUCCCAUGCCUGGGAAGCACAAUAAGAUUAAAGGCUUCACCUGAGAGGAACCAAAGGACCAUUUUUUCCCCAUAUUUUUAUGAUCUAAGGUUCAGCUUGAGUGAAAAUUCCACUUCAUACAUCUUUGUUGAAAAGUGUGUAGCUAUGAACGAGUCACUGGUUGUGAAUGACUCCUCUGCAGCUACAGAACCUGUCCCAUGGAUGGAGGCUGAAUCCCUGGACCAACACAACAGCAGCAUAGAGUUUUCCACCGCUCCAUUAGAAUUUCCUAUCAACCCAUGGGACAUCAUGCUGUGCAUGUCAGGCACCGUUAUCGCCUGUGAGAAUGCUAUUGUGGUAGCAAUCAUCUUCUACACUCCCACACUAAGGACUCCCAUGUUUGUGCUAAUUGGGAGCCUGGCCACAGCAGACCUGCUGGCUGGCAUGGGAUUAAUCCUGAACUUUGUGUUCCAGUAUGUGAUUUCUUCUGAGACCAUCAGCCUCAUCACUGUUGGCUUUCUAGUGACAUCCUUCACUGCAUCCAUCAGCAGCCUUCUAGCUAUCACUGUGGACCGAUACUUCUCCCUUUACAAUGCCCUCACAUAUUUCUCAGACAAGACUUUGCAGUAUGUGCAUCUGAUGCUAAUCGUGACCUGGGGGGUGUCUCUGCUGCUGGGUCUGCUGCCAGUGCUGGGCUGGAACUGCCUGCAUGAGCCAGCCUCAUGCAGCAUUGUCCGCCCCUUGACCCGAAGCAAUGUCAUGCUCCUAGCCACUUCUUUCUUUGCCAUAUUCGUGCUCAUGCUGACCCUUUAUUUUAAGAUUUGCAAGAUCGUAUGCCGACAUGCCCACCAGAUCGCCCUGCAGCAGCACUUUUUUGCCACGUCCCAUUAUGUUGCCACCAAAAAGGGGGUGUCCACAUUGGCCAUCAUCUUGGGGACCUUUGGCGCCAGCUGGCUCCCCUUUGCCAUCUACUGCCUUGUAGGUGAGAGGGAGUAUCCAUCUGUGUACACCUAUGCUACACUGCUGCCUGCAACCUAUAACUCUAUGAUCAACCCCAUUAUCUACGCCUACAGAAACACAGAGAUCCAGCGCUCUAUAUACAUGCUUUUGUGUGGCUGCUUUCAGGCUAAUGGGUCCUAUCGGUCUCGGUCCCCAAGUGAAGUCUAA